AUGGCAGCGAAGGACGAAUGGCAGAACGAGGGGCAGUCUGCCGACGACAGCGGCGUCUCCACUAUCGGCUCUUCUUGCUCCCUGCAACUCCAGCUCCGAUCAUCAAGUGGGCCGGACUCCUUUGCCGAGGUAGGACAAAAAAUGUUUUAAUCAGAACAAAAAUCAAUUAACUCUUUUUUUUUCCUUCACUGCAGAGAAUUUAGGGUUUUGAAAGUUUUGAAAACUUUUCGUUCGUUUGAAAAUAUUUUCUGCGUUGUCAAAUGUUUUGAACGUCUCCUAAAAAAAACCUCAAGAAUGAUUUUCUCAUGAUGAGACUUUUUAAUCUUUGCGGAAAACUAACUAGACCGUAUAUUUUUAGGUGACCGGUUAAGAUUCUUGAAAAACCUCACAGAAAUUGAUUUCGAGGAAUCCUGUUUGCAGAUCAGAGAAAAUAUUUUUCACUGCUGCUUUUCUGUCGAACUCUGCUCUUCUGAGUUUUUGUUUCAGUUGCGGCGAAAAUUUUCUUGUCAUUACCGGAAGGAAAAUUCAAAAAAAUGUUUAGAUUGUUGGAAUCAAGAGAUUUCAGGGUAGAAGUUUGCAAUUUUUUCAUUAUGGUUUCAACCGGCCAACAAAAAAAAAUGUUUUUUGUCAGCUGUGCGUGACUUUCUGUAGUUUUGCAGUUGAUUAUUCGAAGAAUUUUCUAUAUCGUUGUUCCUUGUGCGAAUUUUCAUUUACAUAUUUCGUUUCUGAAGAAAUUGUUAAAGAUUCUGAUGAACGAGCACAACAACAACAUCUCGGCGCAAAUGGACGUCGUGAAGCUUCUGGCACUGAAGUCGACGGACAACGACGAGGAGCAACAUUCGAACUCGAGUAGCCUCGAAUCCAUCAACUCUCUGCGAAACCAUCAAGGUUUUCUUUCUAUUUCCUCCGCUUCAGAAGCAACACGUCGCCGUUAAUCUCUCCGGUUAAACCUCACUUCAUUCUGCCUUUUGUUUCUGUUUUCUUUUUUUGGUCUCACUAUUUUCCUCAUCACGAGUGGAAAUUAUUUUGGCUAGAUUUUCAAAAUCUCUUUCACAGUCACAGUCCACGCUGAAAACUCGUGGUGUAGCACCUGAAUGAAAAUAAAUAUAAACUCUGGUUUUAUAAACUUUUCUUUGAAAUACUUGACACAAGUGUUCAAAUUUUUUCCGGCUUCAGAAUGGUUAAAAUAUGUUCGGUGUUUUGGCUUGAAUAGAUCCCUGAGGACAUACUUUUUUUGGAGUUGAACUUCCAGAUUUUGUUUAAACCAAAAAAAGAAUUUUCAGGUAGCCAGGAACGAGAAAACGAAGAAGACGACACAGGCUCAGGCUCAACGUCAUGUUCUGAAGACUCGUUCGAGAUGUCGAGUGCUUGCAGCGUCAGACCAAAUCUGGGUGCACAAAUAUUUUUUGGCUUUUUGUGCUUUUCGUUUCCGACUAGCUCCCAGAAAAGACUUUGGUUUGUCCGAAAUGAAAUUUGCAAGUUAAAAGAUGUGGAAAAGGCGAACACACACGAAAAGGCAGAACUGCCGUUAGGCACGCAAUCAACGCGUUGCAUAUCUCAAAUUCAAAGAUUUUUUCGCAAAUAUUUCUGACAUUCUUUAAAAAUGAAAUUUCUUUGCAACGCUGAUUCAGUGGAGAUAUUGAAAAAACAAUAUAACACAAAUAAUGGACCGAAAUAAACAGUUAAACAAAUUUAACGCCCUUUUAAUCUAGUCUCUGCGGGUUGUUGAGACUUUCUACGGAAAAAAUUAUUCAGAUGGAUUUUUCGAAAUAUUCUUUGAUAAUGGUCUCUGAAACUCACUUUUCCACAAUAUGAUUGCUUACCGCAUCAGUUUCAUACUAGUUUAGAAAUAGAGCCCAUGAAAUUAAAAACUACCAGAAAACUGAUUCAAAAAAACGUAAUUUUGAUUAACUUUUAGAAGUCAGCUAAAAAAAAGAGCAAUAGACUGAGCAAGAGUUUUGCGUGGCUUCCGUGACGGUUAAUUUGGCGAAGAUUUGGAAUACUAUGCAAAUGAGCGUUCCGGACUUCAGGGCUGACGCGCGAUUCACGCGAGACGACUUGUGACUCCUUCGACGACAUUCAUAGCCCAGCCGUUUCCAACGCCACGAUAAACGACUGCGGAUUCGUGUAAGUUCAUUUUUCAACUUUUCUGGUUGAACAAGCUUUUGCAUGGAUAGUUGUAGUUGUAACUGUACACAUAAGUUGUUUAAGUGGCAGGUUAAGAAUUAGCGGAGGUCAACACUUUUUAUUGCUUGCUGGUAUUUUGUAUAUUCCUGAAUAAGAAGUAGAAACAUCUCAUAUGCAAGGUCAUCUUAUUUUUCGCUUGGGAUGUUCUGAGAGAUAGGCCAGAACACUUCUUAAUGUACUAAAAGAGAUUUUGAAGGUUUCAACCUGCUCAACUUUCUAAUUCUUUAAGAAAUGAAGACUCAAAGGCGCAAAAUAACCUACUUGAACAAAGUGCAUUUUCUUCUUUUUUUUUGCAAAUUGAGAUUUUUUAAAUUUCGAUCAACAAAUCAAAUUUUCACCUCAGAAAGUUCCCAAUUACAGGGUGAAACGGUUUUUCUGGUUGGCUUCAGACAUUUUUCUCUAUCUGAAAAAAAUAAUCGAUAUUGAGAAAAAUAUCGUUAACAGAGAAAUAUCAGGAAGUAGGCUUUUGAGUGUCUUGCCGGCCGUUAGCAUAUUCAGGACGCCUUUCAUAAUGUGUCAUUUUGCCGCUCAGUUGACCAUGAGUAAUAUGCGGCUCUCUGCGCCACUUUUUGUUCUAAUUGGCUUCGUUCUAUUUUCGCUGCUUUUUCCUAGGACAAGCUUUUCAGGCCAUGCAAACCGUCGUCUUCAUAUUCCGUCGAUUCGUUCAUAUCGGCAACUAAGAAAGGAGCUUACCAGACUCCGACUUCCUUCGAGAAGAUUCGCCACAGAGUCGCCAACCAGAUUGAUCACAUUGAUACCGGUUUGUUCUUUUCGAGAUGUUGUAGCAUUUUCUGACCUUUUUCGAAAUUCCUCAUAUUUAUCGAAAAAUACUACUGCACACCUCUCUGCAACUGGCUUAUUUAGAAUCGGUCUUAUUGCUCGAGCGUCUCCUUUCUCAAAUCUUCUUCCUUUUCUGUCCAUGAAUUCGGCUAAGGUGACAUUUCCAGGCUUGCCAUCUUUGGACUUUGACAAAUUGGAGAAGCAGCUAGCGACGGCGGCUCAGGAACGGGAAGAGCAAGAAAGAAGGAUGCUUGGAGAAGAGGUACAAACCGAGAAAUCCAUGAGACCUUGUAUCUUCCUUGUUUCUCGAUCUUCAAAGGCAAUUCGAGCUUCACUUUCAAAUUUUUGUCAAAUUAGCGUCAAUACAAAGUUUUGAAUACCUUCACUAGUGCAUUUCAAAAUGCAUCCCUAACAUGAACGGCACUCAGGAGAUCUCAAGCUUUUCUGACUUUUUAUUGUUAUGUGAUCACUUUCCAUGACCUCACGAAACAAAGAAAGAAGACGUGUCCUCUUGGGCCCGACUGUAUUGACCAAUUGAAAAUAAUCGAGAAACGGUCAAUGUUAUUUUUCCUGACCACAAAAAAAGCGUUACGUCAUACUUAUUUAUAAGUUCCGCUGUAUCUAACCCAAAAUUAAAGCAUGUGGGAGCUUAACCGACUAUUACCUGAAUUUCGGCUUUUCUUCAUAUUUUUAAUUACGGAUUCUGUGUGGGAAAAUUCUGUCCCGAGUUUUUUCGUCCUUCCAUCGUGUCUUUCAACAUUCAUCUGAUUUGCAACGUUCGCUGUCAUAUUGCCUCUUCAUCUGCCUUUAAUCGGAAGACGCUUUUUUGACCUUUUUCCGUUUGCGCUCGUUCUUUCUCAUCUUGAUUUUGGAAGCUUCGCGUUCAAAAAUUGCAUACCCUUUCAAACUGCACCUCAUCCAAACAAUGGAAAUCAAGAAAGAUAAAGCUUGAGAGAACGUUGUGUCUACAUUCAUCCAUAACAAAACAAUUAACGAAGUUCUUUCAAGCUAAAUUAAAGAUUGGUCUUUUUCAGUGCUCAGGACAUGUUUCCUCAACACACUCGAAAGAUGUUUUUUGGUGGGAAUUUUUAACUUUUUCAGGUGAGAAGGAGGCUAGCGUUACAAGCGGACUCGCAUAUAGGCCCGUCGCCGCAAAUCUACACCAGACCACAUCGUUCUAAUUUAGCCUUGAGACUCCAAACUGCAAUGAACCUCCAGGUUAAUAGUUCAUAAUCAUGAGCAAAAAUCCAAGAGAUUAUUAAAAAAUCUCGUAACCUUUAAGAAAAUUAGGCAUUCAGGUUGAUUGGAAUUGCUGCCUAAUAUCAUAUUGCAACCAUUUUUUGCAAGCUAUUCAAUUUUUCGUGACAUUUCACGUCAUGAAAGCUCUCAUUUCGUUACCUCUAGAGCUUUUGAAAAUAUUAAGAUUCCAAUAACUUUUCAGAAAAAUCACUUUUCCUUUCUCUAUCUUUGAAAUUUGAAGUGGUUACAACGAUGUAGUUCAGGUGUGUUACAUGAACGAAAUGAGCGAGAGUGAGACCGAAAACGAGGAGUCCGACGACUCCGACACCGAUAUGUUUGUCAGGAAAAGCAAGUCGGCGCCUAAUCUCAAAGGUAACACACCUUAAGUCUGUGCUCACGGAAGUACUGUAUUUGCAGAUUCUUGUAAACCUUCUUCGCGGCAGACUCAAAGAAUAAAAGAGUUGACGGGGAGAAUACAGAACGACGAAGUUUUGAGCCCAGGUAACGGAUAUUUCACAAAGCCAUCGACAUCGAAAGAAUGUCAUCAGGAUUAUUUUUUGACAGAUUUCAAAUGUUUUCUUAUGGCAUGUUCAUCGGAAAAACGUAACAUGUUUCAAAACGCAAAAGUAUGUUUAUCGUCGCAUCAAACUUCAUCCGAAACAUUACUAAUUUUUCUUUUGAAACGAUUUUCUUGCGUUUCGGAACCCUUUUCGUUUGUCCGACGAACACGCCGUUAAAGAUUAAUUUCUUUAGAGGUGCGUUUUUUGUAAACCGCAAGAAAUUCACUAGAAAUUUUUCAAACGCAUAGAGUUCUUUCAUAAAUUUCUUACUGCUCCAUUUUUUUUACAGCGUAACUUCUAAAAUCAUCUGUUUCUGAUAUCGACAAUCUUCCAUUUUUUCCAUGUUUUCAGUUUUUGAUCGAAUUUCUCUAGGUUUUUUUUUCACUGGUCAAUUUCUUUCUCCGAACACAAAAAAAAAGAGAAGCAAAAAAAAAGACAAAACGACAUAGAGCGGUCCCUUGACACCAGAAAAGGUGCCCUUGAUAAUCUUGGACCUUGAUUCAUUGCCUCGGGGAACGACUCUGUGGCGGCAAAGUCGUUCCAUACAGCCUAUUUUUCUAGAAGAACGGAUGGGAUUUUUUUGCGGCACGAAAGUCAACGGGUAUUACAAAUGGCUAAAAACGCGGCUGAAGAGUCUCUGACCAAUUACAGAAGGUUAGUUAGAAAAAUAUUUAUCUCUUAAUUUUGCGAUACUUGUCAGUGCGAUUUUUUUCUUAAACAGUUACUCAAGAUCUUUUCCGUUUCCAAAAAUUCAAAAAAAUUUAUAAGCUAAAUUUUGAAUUUUGCUGUAAGCUUUUUGAAUCGCUUGAAAACAAAUUAAUUUUUUUUUUCAGAGGAAAGUCCAAAGCCAGCGACGUUCCUCGACAGGCAAGGCAAUACUUGAGUAAAAAGAAACUCGACGAAAUUGAUUCAAUACGGAGACUAAUCGAAAAUGCAAUAUCUAGUGGGUUGCCCCGAAAAUUACGUUGAAAAAGGAUAUUCAGGGAAAAAUAUGGAAUUGGUACAACUUCUGUUAGAAAGAGACAGUUUGCACAUGGAGCACGAUUCUUUACGAGUAGACAUCGACGACUUCACUCAACACGAAGCUCAGGUUUUUGUUGCUUCCAUAACGCUCAGAAUAUAUCGAAAAUCUAAUCAAAAGAUCCUUUUGGUUGAACUUGCUUUAAGUUCGGAGCAGCUCCAGUAGGAAGCUAUCUAUGUAUAUACGGAGCGAAACCUUUAACAGUUGCUUUGGGAGUUGAAAAAAAAUAUGAAGCCGGGUGAUAAAACCUUGAUUGGCAAAUUUUCAUAUGUUGCUUUGAGCCUUAUUUUGACACUUACUCUCAAAUUUGAUUAUUCACGAUGCCCAUUCAGGUCAGAAAUUAAAAAAAACACCUUUUUCAGGCCUCAGCACUAGAUCUCAAAAACCUGAUUCCUCUGCAAGAAAGACUGGAAGCGGGAAAUUUCACGGCUCCGCGCAGAUGCGAGAGGAAACCGGCUGCGGCUCCUCCAUCGAGCCUUCAGCCGGAAAGAAGGAUGAAACCCACGACUCCAGUCACACCUCUCACUACUCCUACGUCCCCUUCCCUCUCGUUUGCUUCUGUCAUACCAAAUUCCUUCAACAUUAUUCCUUUCUUCAAACGUUGA